GCGGUAGAGUUCUGAGUGGGUUUACGGUUCUCAACCGGUUUAAUCCGUUGAAGAAGAGCGUGCUGGACAUGGCCGCUGCAGCAGUACUAAUCAAUGCUGUAUUUUUAUAUUAAGAUGUGUUAAACCACCACUGAAUUCAUAAAAAGAGAGUGUUUUUUUAAGGCUGACACCAUGGGGAAGAAAGAUAAGAGUGAUCGAGAUAAAAAGUCCAAGAAACGUUAUUAUGAGCAGGAAGAGGAUGAUGAAGAGGUGAUGGGCGGUGAGUCUCAGGAGGCAGUUCCAGCAGCUGCUGGAAAGCAGGUGGAUGAAUCCAGCACUAAACUGGAUGAGUACGGAGCCAAAGACUACAGACUACAGAUGCUUCUCAAGAAUGACCACACUUCCCGGCCCCUGUGGUGGUAAGGCUAAAGAUCCUUGAUUUAUUCGGCAGCUCCUGAUGGUCACAUCUUCCUAGAGGCUUUCUCUCCAGUGUAUAAAUACGCUCAGGACUUCCUGGUGGCCAUAUCAGAGCCGGUGUGCAGACCUACCCAUGUGCACGAGUACAAGCUGACGGCUUAUUCUCUAUACGCCGCCGUGAGCGUCGGCCUGCAGACCUCUGACAUCAUAGAGUACCUGCAGAAACUCAGCAAGACCUCUGUGCCAGACGGCAUAGUGCAGUUUAUUAAGUUGUGCACAGUGAGCUACGGUAAAGUCAAACUGGUCCUGAAACACAACAGGUACUUUGUGGAGAGUGCGUUCCCUGAUGUCAUUCAGAGGCUCUUACAGGACCCUGUGAUUCGGGACUGUCGUCUUCGCUCUGCUGAGGGUGAGGAGACCGAGCUCAUCACUGAGACCAUCUCUAGCAAAUCUGCAAUCUCAAAGACUCAGCAGGACAAUGGUGGUCCAUCCACCUCCCAGCCAGAAGACGGGCAGCGCACAGGAAAUCAGGUGCCAGAGGACAUCUUCAGUUACUACGAGCAGAUGGACCAAGAGGAGGAGGAGGAGGAAGAGACACAAACAGUGUCUUUUGAGAUCCGUCAGGAAAUGAUAGAGGAGCUUCAGAAACGUUGCAUUCAGCUGGAAUAUCCUCUCCUGGCUGAAUAUGAUUUCCGUAACGACACGGUGAACCCAGACAUCAACAUGGACCUGAAGCCCACUGCUGUGCUGAGACCAUAUCAGGAAAAGAGUCUGAGGAAGAUGUUUGGGAACGGCAGAGCUCGAUCUGGAGUCAUCGUCCUGCCUUGUGGUGCUGGAAAGUCACUGGUGGGCGUCACUGCUGCCUGCACAGUGCGUAAGCGCUGUCUGGUGUUGGGAAACUCCUCUGUGUCAGUGGAACAGUGGAAGGCUCAGUUUAAGAUGUGGUCCACCAUUGAUGACUCCCAGAUCUGCCGUUUCACUUCAGAUGCAAAAGACAAGCCCAUCGGCUGCUCGGUGGCCAUUAGUACUUAUUCUAUGCUGGGCCACACCACCAAACGCUCAUGGGAGGCUGAGAGGGUCAUGGAGUGGAUGAAAAGUCAGGAGUGGGGGCUCAUUAUACUAGAUGAGGUGCACACAAUCCCAGCAAAGAUGUUCCGUCGUGUUCUGACGAUAGUCCAGGCUCACUGUAAACUGGGUCUCACUGCCACACUAGUGAGAGAGGAUGAUAAAAUUGUCGAUCUGAACUUCCUGAUUGGGCCGAAGCUCUAUGAGGCGAACUGGAUGGAACUACAGAACAGUGGUUACAUUGCUAAAGUCCAGUGUGCUGAGGUAUGGUGUCCCAUGUCUCCUGAGUUUUAUCGUGAAUAUGUGGCCAUAAAGACGAAGAAGAGAAUUCUGCUUUACACCAUGAAUCCUAACAAGUUCCGCGCAUGUCAGUUCCUGAUCCGCUUCCAUGAGCGGAGAAACGACAAGAUCAUCGUCUUUGCCGACAACGUCUUCGCUCUGAAAGAAUAUGCCAUCCGCCUGAACAAACCGUAUAUUUAUGGACCCACAUCUCAAGGAGAGCGCAUGCAGAUCCUUCAGAACUUUAAACACAAUCCCAAAAUCAAUACCAUCUUCAUCUCCAAGGUUGGAGAUACUUCAUUUGACCUGCCAGAGGCAAACGUGCUAAUCCAGAUCUCGUCUCAUGGCGGUUCUCGUCGACAGGAAGCUCAGAGACUGGGCAGAGUGCUGCGAGCCAAGAAAGGUAUGGUUGCGGAAGAAUACAAUGCUUACUUUUACUCGCUCGUCUCUCAGGACACACAGGAAAUGGCUUAUUCCACCAAGAGACAGCGCUUCCUGGUGGACCAGGGAUACAGUUUCAAGGUGAUCACAAAAUUGGCUGGGAUGGAGGAGGAAGACUUGAUGUUUGCCUCUCGUGAGGAACAGCAGCAGCUCUUGCAGAAAGUUCUGGCAGCAUCAGAUCUUGACGCAGAAGAGGAAGUGGUGAUAGGAGAGGUGGGAGGGAAGCCACAGUUUUCUCGCCGUACGGGAACUAUGAGCUCCAUGUCUGGUGCAGACGAUACCGUCUACAUGGAAUACCAGACGUCCCGCAGUGGCAAGUCUUUAGCUGGCAAGAAUGUCCAUCCUCUGUUUAAACGCUUCCGCAAAUGAACACAUUCACGGCACGGCUGAUGUAUUCACAGCAUCUGGAGAGACCAGGCCACUUCCAAGGACGCCCAGCAUCAUAAUAAAAGACACAUCACGGCUGCUUGUCUCAGACAGACCAAUUUAAAGACUGUGAGAAAGAAGCAAAACUGCUGUAAUUUCAGAAAGAUUAAAAAAAAUCUAAUAUGUAUAGUAUUACAUACAGGAUGUUUGUAAUUAUAAGAAUUUCUUUGAAUUUGAUGUGAGAAACUGAAUGGAAACUGAAGGAAGAAGUUUGUACAGAAUGCAAAAGCCAAAACAGAGCCUGUUUUUGAAAAUUACUUGUAAACUUUUAGCAAAUAAAAUGUACUUUGGUAUCUAAGAAGAUUUUAUUAGUGCAUUUUUAUUAUCUUAUUGUCGAUGAAUGGUAUUUAUUAAUCUUGGUUAAUUUUCAUUUAUUAAAAUAUUAUUGUUAGUUCGUAAUGCAUUAAGUAACAUUAAUGUAUACAGUUAGUGAGAGUGGUGUGCAUUAUUUAUUUUUUAAUUCAACAGUCCAGAAUCAAUUAAACUUUUUUUAGGUUUUUGUUCAUAAAAAUGCUCUUGUGUGGAACUAUUUUCUUACCAAAUCCAAAGAAGUAGUAAUGGAGUAAUUGGAGAGAGAGAGUGUUUGUGAAUGACCUGAGUCUGUGCUGCUCUCUGCAGAGUUUGGCAGCAGCAGCAUCUCUUAUAGCGAAGCUGCAAGUUUAACUGCUUAAAAAACAAAGUAUUUCAGUAAUCGUACUACUAUAGUUCACCCAAAUGUGGACAAUCUGUUCAAGUUGUUCCAAACCUGUAUGAGUUUUUCUUCUGUGAAACAUAAAAGAAGAUACUUUGAAAAAUGUUGGUAACCAAGCAGUUGCUGGACUGGUAAAAGAAUACUAUUAAAGUCAAUGGCGACCAGAAACUACUGAAAAUAUCUUCUUUUAUGCUCCAAAUGAGCAACUCAUACAGGUUUGGAAUAACUAAAGGGUGACUAAAUUACACAAUACUUUUUAUUUUAUUAGAAUUCCAUGUAAUGUAACAUUUUUCCUAAUGUGACUAGCAAGCCAAUUAACCAUGCUUGCGUAACUUGAACUUUUAAGAAUAAGUUUUACUAAAUAGUGAAGGGGCUCCUUUUACAGUUCAAUAAUUUUUUUGAAGGCAAAGUUGAUCUUUUUUUUUUCAAUAAUUUUGGGUGGAUUAUCCCUUUAACAAAAAUAAAGAUAUAAGGUGGAAA